AGCAACUGCUAGGCCAAACGACUCAAAAAAGGCCCAACUGGUCUCUAUAGAGAUGAUUGAUCAGCCGCAUCGAUCGUCCAGAUGACGCUGUGACCAAGAAAGCGCGCGCGUGAGCGGUAGGGGCUCCGCAUAGACACCUACUGCCACCCAGAGCGAAAACUCGCGGGCCCGCCGAAACGAGAGGUAAACGGUAAUGGACCUCGACGCCGAGACGCGCGCCGCGGGCCUCCGCUGCAAAAACUGCGGUUCCACAAACUUCGAGACGCCCGAGGCGGGCCGCGGCGCCGUCUGCCGCGAGUGCGGCGUCGAGUCCCAGGACUACCUCAACACGGCCUUCGAGGACUGGGGCGAGGAGUCGCAGCUCUACCAGGGCGGCAACAAGAGCAAGGUGCUGCGGCGGACCACGUACGUGGCCGCGGACCGGAAGCGCCGCAAGGGCCGCAAGAAGAAGGAGUCCGCGGCCCUCUCCUUCGCGGCGCGGCUCGCGGCCACGGAGAAGGUCGUGGCGGCCGUCGCGUCGGCCCUCGUCCGCGACUGCGGCGUCGCCGCCGCGGCCGAGCGCGCCGUCGCGGCGGCGUGGGCCGCCUACGCGGCGCGCGCGCGGCGCGGCGCGGCCGCGGCCGAGGUCGAGAACGACGACGCGCCGGCGCCGGCGCCCGCCGCCGAGGCACCACCCGCGCCCGCCGAGGAGGGCAACGCCAAGAAGAAGGAGGGCGGCGCGGCGCGCCUCCGGCGCAAGCGCCAGCGGGAGCCGCGGCCGCCGCGGCCGCCGCAGGCGCCGGUCGACCUCGACGCCGACGCGUACGCGAGCGUCGGCAUGGAGGCCGUGCUGCCCCUCGUGUACGACGCGUGUCGACGGGCUCAAAUACCCGUCUCGGCCUGCGACCUGAGCCGCUGGUCCUGGCACGGCGUGCUGCCGUACCUGUCGGCGUGGCGGGCCGGCCUGGAUGAGGCGUCGCGCGAGGCACUCGGGCGGCGGGCGGCGCACAACUUCUCGCCGCGCCGCGCGCCGGGCCCGGGCGAGAUCGUCUACGUCGCGGAGCUGCGCUUUUGUCCGUACCACGGCGCGGCGUGGCGCCCGAUGGGCCCGGCGGAGGCCUGCGCGCUGCACGCAGACGCGGUCGUCGACGGCGGCCCGUUCCGGCGCUUCGUCGCCGCGCGGGCGGAGCGGUUGCUGCGCCUCGCCGCGCACGCGGCGCCCGAGCUGCGGGUCACCGAGCCGCGCGCGCUCGCGGCGGUGUGCCUCGCUCUUCUCCGGUACGCCGACGGCUUCGUCGUCGGCCCCGGCGCGGACGGCACGUUCCCGGUGCUGCCCUGGAGUCAGGCGGACGCGGCGACGCACCCGCGCCGCGCCGACGACGCCGCCGCGUACGCGGCCUUCGUCAGCGCGCGGGAGCGCCGCUCGCGAGGGGACCGCACGGCCGACGCCGCCGGCGAGGCCGCGCUCGAGGCAUAUGCCGAUGCCUUGGACCGACGCGCGGCCCAGCUCGACGCGGGCCCGCCGCCCGCGCGGCCGCGGCGCGACCGGCCGCUCGCGCCGUCCGUCGUCGUCACGCGCGGGGGGGUGGGGGCGGACGCCGGAGCACUGGUUGAGCUCGGCGCAGAGCGGCUCCAGUGCCCGCCGGGCGUCUUUCGGGCCGUCAUGGACGACGUCCGCGACGCCGUCGACGCGGCGAUCUUCGCCGACGACCGGAGCGACUCGGAGCACGCGGCGCGGCUCGACGCCGACGCGAGGGAGGUCGUCCUGGACUCGUCUUUCUACUAA